UCGCAAAUUGCACAUCGUCAUCAUAGCGCGACGAGUGUUAGCAUGAGCAUACGUGACCGGGCCAUUAGGCUAGUAAUGCUGUUGACAGUUUACAACACUUGUCCAGAGUGUGAGAGGCAGCAGACAUGACCAUGGACCUCACUUUCCUGGGAACGGGCUCGGCCUACCCGUCUCCCCACCGCGGAGCCUCGGCUCUGGUCCUGCGGAACGAGGGCGACUGUUGGCUCUUCGACUGCGGGGAAGGGACGCAGACUCAGCUGAUGAAAAGCCAGCUGCGAGCCGGUCGAAUCAGCAAGGUUUUCAUCUCCCACCUGCAUGGAGAUCACCUUUUUGGCCUGCCUGGUCUCCUCUGCACCAUCAGCCUCAACCUGCCCUCCGACCCCCAGCACAGCCCCAAGUGUGUGGACAUCUACGGGCCCCGCGGCCUGCGCCAUUUUCUCCGGGUGGCGCUUGGACUCACGGGCUCGCAGCUGAUCUUCCCCUACGCUGUCCAUGAACUGGAGCCCACACAGGACCAAAGUCCAGAAGAAGGUCAGCUGAGUGUUGAGGUGACGAGAGAGUGCGGUGCGGCGCUCUCUCAGGAGCAACUCGGCGCCAACAUCUGUCUGGACGUCUCCUCUGACUGCUACUUCCUGUUUGAAGACGACAAGUUCAUUGUGAAAGCCUUCAGGUUGUUCCAUCGCGUUCCCUCUUUUGGGUUCUGUGUUCAGGAGCGCCAUCGACCCGGGAGGCUGAAAACAGAACUGCUGAAAGAACUCGGUGUGAAACCAGGUCCGGUCUACGGGCGUCUUAAAGCGGGUCAACCGGUGACUCUUGAGAGUGGACGUUUGCUUUUGCCCAGCGAGGUUCUAGAAGAAAGCAUCCCUGGAAGGAAAGUGUGCAUUCUGGGGGACUGCAGCUCGGUGUUGGGUGAGGCGCCCGUGAGGGUCUGCCAGGGGGCCGACCUCCUGGUCCACGAGGCCACGCUGGGGGACGAGCACAGGGACAAGGCGGUGGAGCACGGACACAGCACACCUCAGAUGGCGGCGGAGUUGGCGCGGGACUGCUGCGCCAAAAAGUUGGUGUUGUAUCAUUUUAGUCAGAGGUACAAACCCAGCUCACUGCAGCGCAGCGAAGACGAUACCGAUGAUGAUGUCACUGAGCUCCAACGUCAGGCUGAGCAAGUCCUACUUGAUGAUGGCGUGGACGUCAUCCUGGCUGAGGACUUUCUCACCAUCUCCAUUCCUCUGCACAGACCUAAGUCACCUUAAUAGUUUCAACUGUCAUAUUUUAUUAUCCCUUUAUUUUCUACAAAGCUGAAUGUAAAGAAAAUAAGUUAUCAAUCAGCCUGUUAUGGGAGGCUCAGAUGAUAGCGCUCUCAGUUAGCAUGUGAGAGAUGACAUCAAUGCUUGCAUUCUCCAAUUAUGGUCCCUAAGAAAAUACUUUUUAAUAGUUUUAAACACAAGCCUGUUGCUGAUAGUAACCCAAACAUUGAAAAGGAUGGAUAUUUCAUGUAUAGUUUUACCCUAGAGGCGGUAUGGCUCCUGUUGGUAGAGUGGCCGUGCCAGCAACUUGAGAGUUCCAGGUUCGAUUCCUGGUUUCGCCAUCCUAGUCUUUGCCGUUGUGUCCUUGGGCAAGGCCACUUUUCCCCACCUGCUCGCAGUGCCACCCACGCUGGUUUAAAUGUAACUUAGAUAUUGGGUUUCACUAUGUAAAAGUGCUUUGAGUCACUAGAGAAAAGCGCUAUAUAAAUACAAUUCACUUCACUACCCUGAAAUCAAAGAUUUCUGCUUAUUUUUCCAGAGCUUUUAUUUCUGGAUCUGUACACAAGGUAAUAAAGAACAGAAAAUACAAAAUGUUUCAACAAAAGGAGAAUAAAAGGAAAAAAACCAAAAA